GGAAUUUGGAUAAGGUUAAGGCGAUAGCCGCAUGAAGUUCUUCCUCUUGGCUUAUUCUUAACUGUUGAGAAUUUGGCAGUUCUGAAAGUUCUAUCUAAUGAAAAUGUUUGUUCCUAAUAUCUUGGUUGCCCUUUUUCUUAAUCCUCCAUUAGAUGGUUGAGAAGAGGAUUUUCUUUUUUUUUUAGGUUUUAAUUAACAAAAUUUGAGGGCAAAUUAGUAAUAAAUCAGAAAAUUUAAGGAAUGGUCGAAAAGGAAGAAAAGAAGACGAUUUUGGGUAAAAAAGACUAAUUAUCAUAUAAUUUAAGGGAUAAUGGCAAUGGUCUAAUGGAGAGUGAGGGACAGGGACACCGGUUCAAGGGCUAAGUUGGGCUUGGAUUUAGUUCUAAAAGUCCAGGCCCGAGUCCUCGCGGGCCUGGUCCAUGGACACUGGGCAUGCCCUUUUAUUUUUUAUAUUAACUAAUUCCAAAACGGCGCCGUUUCAGAACAGGAUCGAGUUAAAGUCUGCAACCUUACACAAUUGGCCUUCUCCUGUUCUCACUGCAAACCGAAAAGCUGAAAGUGAAAAUGCUGCUGCGACGACUGCCUUCAACCGCCGUUUCCGUCACAACGACCGCUCUGUCCCGCCGUCCUCGACCUCCCAAAGUUCAUCAGAAUUCACCGACUUCAUCACCGAACAAGCGUCCAAACGCGGACCUCUGAAACCUGGACUCUAUCUCGUUGGAACACCAAUUGGAAACCUUGAAGAUAUCACUUUACGAGCUCUUCGGGUCUUGAAAUCAGCUGACGUCAUACUCUCGGAGGACACGCGGCAUUUCGGCAAGUUACUUCACUAUUACAGCAUCAAAACUCCUCUCCUAAGUUAUCACAAAUUUAAUGAAUCUCAAAGAGAACAAACGGUUCUAAAGAGGUUAAAGCGAGGUGAGAUCAUAGCAUUGAUCAGCGAUGCGGGAAUGCCAGGCAUUAGCGAUCCUGGUACCGAACUGGCGAAGUUAUGUGUGGAUGAAAACAUUCUUGUCAUUCCAAUUCCAGGACCCUCUGCCUUCUUAACUGCUCUUUCUGCCUCAGGGUUGUCCACUGAUGAGUUUACAUUUGUUGGAUUUCUUCCGAGACAUGCUGGUUCACGGAAGGAGAGGCUGAUGGCUUCUGCAAGUGAGACAACAACGCAAAUCUUCUAUGUUCCUCCUCACAAGCUUUGUCAGUUUCUUGAAGAAAGUUCCCCAAUUUUUGGUGACUCAAGACGGUGUGUUAUAGCUCGGGAACUUACAAAAAUACAUGAAGAGUUUUGGCGGGGCACUUUGGGGAAAGCAAAAGAAGUUUUUUCAACUCAUCAGCCAAAGGGAGAAAUUACACUCUUGAUUGAAGGCAAUGCAAAUUGCACUGUAGAAACUCCAUCAGAGUGUCAGUUAGAAAAUGAACUGAGAGAAUUGAUCUCCAGUGGUCAUAGUCUUUCUUCGGCAGUCAAAUUGGUGGCUCAAGGAACAUCAAUGAAAAAGAAAAUGAUAUAUUCACUUGCCUUGAGAAAGUUUGGAAAGAAAAGUGAGGCAGAGGAUUCAAAUUAAUGCCAUGCUGUGAGUGACAUUAAGUGCUAGCAUCUUAUAACUCUGUGCUAGUAAGAAGGUUUCGAAUUUGAUACCUUGAAAAGGCAUAAGUUAAAGAACACCGGUUAACCCUUUUAACCUUUAUAACUACUUUUGCUUGAACAGGGAAAUUUAUGCUAGGCUAUUUUUCCUUUUUACCCCAUUUUUUGAUGUCCAGGGGGUGCUAUGGUUAGAGCAAAAGUUGAAUAAAGUACUUUUGAGUCAGACAUUUGAUAGGGAGAACAGGCCAUAUCGGAGUUAUGGAGCAGUAAUUUUAGAUGCAGUACUAUCAAUUUGCCCAAGUUCUUAACCUUGACAAAUCACUAAAUAUAUCAGAUCUGAACUACAAUUUUACUUGUGAUUUUUCUGUUGUUAAUAGUUGGACCUCCAUUUUGUUCACCAACUGCUUAAGUUGUAUGUAACCAGGACAAACGGGUUUCGACGGCAGAUUCUUUUUCAUCCUUUAAAUUUAUCAGUAAGUCUGUUUCCUUCCA